CAUACAUAUGUAUUGACUUCAGCUUGACACUCUGCAUCUUCUGUACAAACAUGGCUUUCAAUUUCAUUCUAGUAAUUGCAAUCACUUUGAUCGUAGCUUUCUUCCUUUCAAAAUUUGUGUUCAAGGGUCAGACCAAAAAUCUGCCAAAAGGGUCCCUCGGAUAUCCCCUAAUAGGAGAGACAUUUAGCUUUCUGCGAGCACAGAAACAAGAUCGAGGCCCCGAAUGGCUGGAAGAGAGAACAUCAAAGCAUGGACCAGUGUUCAAAACCUCCUUGAUGGGUUCCCCAACUGUGGUUGCUGUAGGUCAAGCAGGCAACAAGUUUGUAUUGGGCACUGAAGAAGAUGUUCUUUCUGCCAAGAAACCAGUCGCCCUAGUAGCCAUUGCUGGAAAACAAAAUAUAUUUGAGCUCACUGGGUCAAGGUACAGAUUGGUAAAGGGAGCAAUGGUGAGCUUCUUAAAGCCUGAAAGUCUUCAGAACUAUAUCAAACAGAUGGAUGAAUUGACCAAGACCAUGUUACUAAGAGAAACAGAAAACAAAGACACCAUAAAAGCUGUGGUCACCAUGAAGAAACUUACAUUCAACAUAGCAUCCAGCAUCCUUUUUGGCAUCAAGGAUGAGCACACUAGGGAGGUUUUGUUUGAUGAUUUUUCUUUAGCCUUCAAAGCAGGUUGGUCUGUUCCCAUUAACUUCCCUGGCACUGUUUACUGGAGAGGCCUAAGAGCCAGAUCAAGGAUUGUCAGUAGGAUUUUGCCAAUACUCAAGGAAAGAAGGGAGGAGAUUUUACAGGGGAAACUGAGCCCUACAAGCAAUGUGUUCUCUUGCUUGCUAGCAUUAAGAGAUGAAAAUGAACAGCCAAUUUCUGAUGAUCUGAUCUUGGACAAUUAUGUCACAUUGAUGAUAGCUAGUCAUGACACUUCUGCCACACUUAUGAGCCUUAUGAUAUGGAAGCUGUCUACAGACUCUCAGAUCUACAAGAAAGUUUUAGAUGAACAAAUGGACAUUUUAAGGAAGAGGGAGGAGGGAGCAGAAGAUAGGCUAACAUGGGCUGAGAUACAAAAGAUGAAAUACACAUGGAGAGUUGCACAAGAGUUGAUGAGGAUCAUCCCUCCUGUGUUUGGCAGCUUCAGAAAAGCACUUAAAGACAUUGAAUAUGGUGGCUAUGACAUUCCCAAAGGAUGGCAGGUGUAUUGUGUGUCUCAUGGAACACACAUGAACAAAGAGAUAUUUGAGAAGCCAACAGAGUUUGAUCCAUCAAGAUUUGAGAACCCAUCAAAGCCAAUCCCUCCCUAUGCUUAUAUUCCAUUUGGAGGAGGCCUGCACACUUGCAUAGGCAAUGAGUUUGCAAGAGUCGAAGUACUCACCACCAUCCACAACUUGGUGACAAUGUUUGAGUGGUCUCAGGUGUUCCCUGAUGAAAUAAUCACCAGGCAACCAAUGCCUUAUCCAUCCAUGGGCCUUCCAAUCAAGAUCAGACCAAGAAAGCUUUAAUUAGUCAAAGGCUUGUUAUGCUAAUGCCAUAUGUGUUGGAUGCUUCCUUUUUU